AUGGCGCCAAAGAGCUCCCCGUCUUUGCGAUUCUCUGAUUUUACCGACGUUAAAACCUUCGAAGCAGACGAGCCCCGUCGAAAACGAAGGAAAACAUCAACAGAGACUAUGGCAAAGCUUGUCAGCAACUUCAAUGGCCAACAAGUCACUGACGCCAUGUUGAAGGACGCUGCAAAACUUUUCAGCGAGAACUACGGCGUCUGGGGCAAUGAAGGGCCUGGGAGUCCUGGGAGUCGUGUCAAGAUGAGCGCAGACCGCCUACGGGUGCAAUGUCUUCCCGAGGGAUCGAACAACACAUAUGUCACCAUCCAUAUCGAUGGCGUCCUAGCAGGGAAUGCUUUUGCUUGCCGCUGGGAGCAUGCGGAUCGUCGAGUAUGCUGGGUCACCCAACUGGUGGUCCACAGCAAUUACCGAGAACAAAGUCUCGCAACUACUCUUCUCUUGAACUUGAUCGAUGACGACGAUGAAGUGCUCGGGAUUAUGAGUUCCCAUCCAGCAGCGUGUAAAGCCCUCGCGAAGGCAGUCGGAGACAUCAGAUUUUCCGACGUUUCGAUGGACUAUGCUCGGGACCAUGCCGCUGAUGUGUUAAAGGCGUCGCCGAUUGAUUAUGUUCGCCAGGCGCAGCUUUGCGGGCGGCUUUUUCACUCCGACGAUGCUAGCGGAAUGGUGUCGGGCGUGAACUCCAAGUUCUAUGUUGAUCACACUGAACCCCUCGAUGUUCUUGCCUGGUUCCAGGAAAAUGGGAACUGGCCUCUUGGUGAACUGCCUGAUGGGCACGAAUUUUUGUUCCUAGUGGAAAAGUCACGACGGAGGCGCUCACGAUCUGCUUCGGCACGGCGUGGGUAUGCAGCAACCGGGGAGAACGAGGUAUCCUUAGCUACGUCCUGA